CUGAUUCUCCCUCUGCUCUUUACCUUUGCGGAGCAUGUCAUGUCUUUCCCACCACCCCUUAUGUGGUGAUUUUUUCCCCUUAUGCUGCAGAUGGGGAAACUGAGGCUCGGAGAAGCCUUAAUAAGAAAUGGCAGACUAGGACCUCAAAUCCAUGCCUCUGGAGCCCUAAUUAAAGUAAUGAGAAAAUUGAUACCUUGUCAAGAUGGCGAUUAGUCAUUUGUAUUUGGGAGCAGCAGACUUGGGGACCAACUACCUCUCAAGGAUUCUAUAAACCAAUGACAUAAACACCUAUUCUGUUGCUUUCAUACCCCAUCUUACCUUCAAAUUUGUCUCACCUAUGGCAUUCAGGAGGCAAGUGAAGAACUUUGUGAAAAAUUACUCAGAUGCUGAAAUAAAAGUCAGGGAAGCAACUUCUAAUGACCCUUGGGGUCCUUCUAGUUCUCUAAUGUUAGAUAUCAGUGACCUGACUUUCAACACAGUUUCUCUCUCUGAAAUUAUGAACAUGCUAUGGCAGAGACUCAAUGACCACGGGAAGAACUGGCGCCAUGUGUAUAAAUCUCUUACCUUAAUGGAUUAUCUCAUCAAGAAUGGAUCAAAGAAAGUUAUUCAGCAUUGCAGAGAGGGGUACCGUAACCUUCAAACUCUGAAAGAUUUUCAACACAUAGACGAAGCUGGGAAAGAUCAAGGUUAUUAUAUCCGGGAAAAAUCAAAACAAGUUAUAACGUUGCUGAUGGACGAACAGUUGCUACAUAGAGAGAGGGAGGUAGCGUGUCGGACUAGACGGCGUACCUCCUACUCUGUGACAUUUCCUGAAAGAUUACCCGGUACGGGUAACUCACCGACAGCGUGUGCUUCUGCCCCCACACCAGAAAUUCCUGUUUCAGAGAAGAAGAAUAAGCUUCUUAACGUUGCACGGCUACAUAAUAAAAAAAACACUUCCAAGGCAGGACAGAAACAAGAACAGUGUCAAGACAUUGAGGUGCCCAGUGAAACUGUCUUGUCCCAGGAAACACUACCCAUCAAGAUUAAUGCCUGGAAAUCGACAGAGGACCUGAUGUUAUUUUGUGAGGAUGAUCCAAAGCCAGUUUUGCCGACAAUUCCUACUUCCAUUAUCUCAUCAAUGGCGUGGUUGUCAGCAGGGCAAACAGAUGUCUAUAAUCUCUGGGAUACAGAUGCUGUGUCUGUUCCUUCAGAAAAAAGCCCAUCUCUGCAGACAAAUGUGAAUCUGGACAAGAACUCAGACAGUACCAUUACAAAGACCAUCACAGGAAACCCUUUGCAAAUGCCUUUAGAAAAGCAGCCAGCUGCGAAAAGCUGUGACACAUUGACAGCUUUGUCAGCACAUUGGCCAACUAGUCAAGAAGAGUUCAUUGGCCCUCAUUUAAGGACAUCAGAAUCGGAUCCUCCUUUCCGUAACCAGGCCUCUGUGGAGACGCUGUAUGUCUCUCCCUCAUUCACAGCAUUUGACCCAAUGAAAGAGACUGGAAUCAGUAAGGGUCGUCAGCAAGCGACGCAGCCCGGCCUGGCUCCGGUGGAGGGUGAAAACCUCGAGGCCUCAGCCGCGUGGGUUUCAACUGCGUCCAAGGGAGCAUUCUCCUAUUCUACUUCAUCUGUGUCAUCCCCUGAUUCAGCCUCUCCAGAGAAGUCUCUUCAUCCCUUACCCCCAGUUUUGGCCGGACCUUCCUUUUGGACUUUGUCCCGUCAACAAUCUUCUUCUGCCUCUGUUAAAAAUAUAGAUAAGACAGCCAGGAUUCAUCACUCUUUUGGUCCUAGGAGUCCAUUGUCCUCCGAUGAAAAAGAAAAUGACAACCUCAACCUACUGGAAAUUCUUCCAGACAGCUCUGAUUCUGCCAAAAAGAAGACAAGUUCUAUUUCUAGCAGUAAUUGGGUAGCGUUUUCCACUCAAAAUGUAGACCAUUUCAUCUCUAUGUCCUGUUCCAGUUCUCAGGCAACCAAAGACCUGUCUAGGGAACCUGAAGCAGACAAUUCCACUAAUGUUCUUCUAGGGGAGGUAAAAAAUGCCAUAGUCACAUUACAUGAAGACCUGAGCAUGGUGAUACGAGAACUUAAUGUCAUCAGUAGUCGUCUGGUAAGCAUGAGUGAGUCCAGUCCACAAAUAAGCAAGUCUCUGCAGCUCCCCCAGUAUUCUGAGGCAGGCUCAGAUCAAGUCUAAUUAUCUCAGUAGCUAUUUUUGUUAGAACGCGAAACAUUUUAUAGAUUCUCAUUGCUGCGCAAAAAUAGAAUGAUAGUUUGAUUUUUCUUUGUCAGGUUUAUUAAACAAGUAUACUUCAAACCAAUAAAUUUGUUUGGGUGGUUUAUUUUUUAAAGAUAAAAAGAAUCACCUUUGAUAAUAUUUUCAGAUUUAAAUAUUAGUUCAUUUGAAACUGAAGAGAAUUUCAUUCCUCCAUGCUCUAUACUUUACCUCAAAAUAACAUUGAGCAGUAGUGAAAGUUGUGGUAAUACUUCAAACAGCAGAUGACUAUUUCAGAGUUCCUGGAUAAAUUGUCAGUAAGAAGCUUCUCAUUUUCCAUUAGUAUGGAGCUUCAUUGUUAACAAGCUUUUGCCUUGUCUUAGGAGAAUUGAGUCUGGGGUAUAUGUUUCACGU